AUGUUCCUCCAGUCUAAAGAACGUCCGGAUGCCCAUCGUGGAGAGGUUCAUCAACAAGCUGCACCAUUUAAAACGUGGACCGUCUUGCACUAUGCACCCACUGCGUUCUAUGACCCCGAGAGAAAAGGAUUGGGCCUGGAAAAGCUGUAUGAUCUUAAAACGCAUCACACAGAAGGAUUAACUGAAGGAUUGACAAAUGGUGCUCAACAACUUGAUGCUAACAAAUGGGUCAAGCGAAGCAUUCCUGUCGAGUCAUUCCGGAAGGCAUCUGAUUUCGUUAGAGAUGAUGCUGGUGGUUCGAAGGACGUGGAUGAGAUUGAACGAUCUAUGAGUUUACCGGGUUCAUCGGCCGAUACCAGGUCGAUGAUGGGGCCGAAAAUAUUCGAUGGCCCGUCCUCUGAUGUGCCCGACAUGAAGCCAGGAGGCCGUGAUAUAUAUGAACAUGCGCCGUCGACUUCUACUGCCGGGUCAUCUGAAUCAUCGAUUACUCAUAUCAAAGCCGAACCGACUAUCGGCGAGCUCGUAACUGAUCACCCAGAAGCCUCUAAAUAUGAUCCGAAUCUAGAUCCCGCAGAUUGGUACCAAAAGGGUUUGAUGUCAACUUUUGGUAUUGACGGAAGUUAUCAAGGAGUUUAUACUCGAGCUCUGGCCGAAAUAUUUGAUGUGAUGGGUGACAAGAAUACUUGGAGUUUAGAAAGAAGUUAUAAAUCUUGGCGUGUACUCUCAUCUCUUCAAAAGUUUGAUAAAGUUCAAUUUUCAAAAUCACAAAGCCUUAUCACCAAGUAUCUUACUCCAGACGAAGCUGGACAUAGAUAUGAACUUUUGAAGAAAGGGUAUGGUGAAUUUCAUUCAUGGAUCUCAGCUUUCUUUCAACAUCAAGCUCUGGGUACCAAAUCUGAAUCCAUCUCAUCCGAAGCCUACCAAAAAAUCUCUAAUUAUAAACCAGGAGAAGCUCUUUUGAUACACAACUACCUAGAAAAAAACUUUGGACCCAGCUCUCUCGCUGCCAUCCAGCACCUUCAAGGAAGACUUCGUCGCCAAAACGUCGCGUCUCUUCUCAAAUCCAAGAAAGAGGUCCUUGAAAUAGAACACGUACAGGAAGCUCUGAAUCUAGCUGUAGAGAAAGGAAAUGAGGCUUCUAGUCACGAAAUUAUUGAUGCACUCAGCGCGCAAGCUAGGUUUUCCGAACUUAGGAGUCUCCCUCGAGGAUUCAAUCAAGAUGUGAUUGAGAAGAUCAAAUCAAACACGAACAAAUUGGAAGCUAUGCUGCCUCAGUGGUUAUCAUAUAAGCGCCCAGUUUCCUGGGCGGCUCUACCUCUGAUGAAUGAUGAAUAUGCGAAUCGAGUACGAGGCUUUUCUCAAGAACUCCAUAACGUAUCACCUUCAACUUGGGAGGACAUGCAAUCUUCUGCUUUCGGCGCCGCUCUUUCUAAAGUUGAAGAGGAUAUCAAACACUUUGACCUUGGAAAUGAGCUUCAAAAGCGAGAAAGAGAAAUAGAUGAAGCUGCCAAGAUUGUUAGUGGUGUAGGAUUCGUAGGAGAGGAACACUUACUUGCCUGGAUUACAAUUCAACAAGCCAAAAACGAACAUUGGAGGGUUAAAAGCUCGGUACAGGGCUGGGAAGCCGGAAUUUAUCAUGCUGGCAAUUACGUCACUCAAACGCAAAUACAGCAUAUUGAAAAAUUAAUCGAACAUGAUUGUUAUAAGGCUUUUGGUCUUCAUUCGUUGAAAACGUUUGAUAAAUAUGAUCAUCCAAGUUUCGAUCAAGUGGCCAAGCUUCAAGAAACAAUGAAGAUUGUAAAAAGUGUAAAGCCUAAAUUGAUUGAUAAUGCGAUUUUCAAAAUUUCAAGACAAUUGGGACCCGAAAUGUUUGACAUCAAAUCAAAGGCCAUCAAACGUGCUGAAGUUCAUACAAUGCUAGUUAAUAGAUGGAAAGAGCAUCAAGAAGUUCUUCUUAGGAGAUUUUUCGCGUCUCCAGAGAACGGUCAUGAAGUUUUGAAUAUGUUUCGAUUUGGAUCUUUUUUAAAAUUACAUGAAGUCUUUCCUACCUUCAGUACAUCAAAAGAUGUCGAUCGAAACGAAAUGCUUUCCUCAUAUGCAGCAUUAUCACCAAAACACUUGGACGAAUUGGAGAAUUUGUUAGGUAGAAGCCCUAUUGAAGGUGAAGAGUCAAGAGGACCCAACGAUUAUAUAAAACAAGCAGGAAGGAGAUUGAAGUUUGCAACAAGUAAAGAUGGACAACUUUUAAAGAAAUGGAAAAACAAUGAACCGAAAAGUUGGCUUUACUAUGGUAUGAACUUUGAGAUGCUUACUGAGUUUACAAAAUACCUCAAAGUAGAUGGAGCGGGUCGCGCCAAGCUAAGUACACUAGACAUACCAGCGGAAAAAUUAGUCGAUUGGCAAGGUUCUAUUGAAGAAGAAUGGAUGAAUGAAGCAGUAGCGAAGAUUUCAAGAGGAGAAGGACCAUACAAAAUUAAACCUUUACCUUUACCUAUGCCUAAGAUUCAGAAGUUUAACUUGCUUCACAUAAAUACCAAAGCUCCGAUUGUUGUAUCAAAUGAAGAUAAAAUCGGCUUAACUUCAACCUUUCUUUCACGUAGUAAAACUGACCUUGGCCUUGGAAAACUUUCAAGUUGGAAAUCUUGGAAAAAAGGAUCAAAUCUAUCAGAUAAAAAGGUAAAUUCAGAUGAGGGAUCUUCAUCUAGACGACCUCUUCUGAAAGAUGAUUCAGGUGAUGAGAUUUAA